GUUAUUUUCCCUCAUGCUUAUGCAAGUCUGCAACUAGAGUUGGUUCUUCACCCAAAAAUUAAAGAACACAAAAAGAUUGAAGGUUUUUUUGGGUCUGAUUUGAUAGCCAAUUUGAUGGCUAUCUGGUGUGUGCAAAUUCAGGAAAUGUGUAACUCUUGUUAAUUUCGACAAGUUAAAGAGUUUUAAGUUUAGCUGUUGCUACCCUUACUGUUAUCAUAUCACUCGAAAAAAGCUCGUAUCGUUGAUUCAGGAAGACAGUAUCCUUUUGAUCUUGCAGCAGCAAAUGAGGAUAUGAAAAUGGUUAUCACUUAAUCACUCAUAUUAUUAUCAUUGCAACAUGAUAGAGCAAUUCAUCAAUUUUGUGAUUCGACCUCCCAGGGCUGUGUAUGAUCCUGAUCAGUACUUAUGGGAGAAGGAAUUUACCCUUGCUGGCAGAGCAUACAAAAGAGAGGAUUUGGAGGCAACUUGAAAGUGGAAGAGGCGAGACCUUGAAGUGUAGUCAUUAUAUGCCAUAUCUUAACCCAGAAGAUUCUGCUCUUCCAUGUGUUGUAUACUGCCACGGCAACAGUGGAUGCCGGGCAGAUGCAAACGAGGCUGUUACAGUUCUUCUACCAGCAAAUAUUACAGUUUUCACUCUGGACUUUUCUGGAUCAGGCUUAUCGGAGGGUAAUUAUGUCAGCCUUGGAUGGCAUGAGAAAGACGACCUUAGAGUCGUUGUGGCUUAUCUGAGAAGUAAGGACCAUGUAUCGCAUAUAGGCCUCUGGGGAAGAUCUAUGGGUGCUGUUACAAGCCUUCUUUAUGGAUCAGAGGACCCUUCAAUUUCUGGGAUGGUUUUAGAUAGUGCUUUCUCUAACUUAUUUGAUCUUAUGAUGGAACUUGUUGAUGUGUACAAGAUCCGGCUUCCAAAAUUCACUGUGAAGAUGGCAGUGAAGUACAUGCGGCGUGUGAUUCAGAGGAGGGCAAAAUUUGAUAUCAGGGACCUGAAUCUUGUGCAGGUUUCAAGCAAAACAUUCAUUCCUGCUUUAUUUGGACAUGCUGAUGGGGAUAAAUUUAUUCAACCACAUCACUCUGACAUAAUCUUUAAAUUGUAUGCGGGUGAUAAAAACAUUAUAAAGUUUGACGGUGAUCAUAAUUCUUCGAGGCCACAAUUCUAUUAUGACUCGGUUUCUAUAUUUUUCUACAAUACCCUACAUCCGCCACACGUGUCUUCUGUUUGGUCCAAAAGGAUUGAAGAGUGCCAUAGUCUGAAGGAUCUUAGAGUUGGUGCUGGCAUGGAUGAGACAUUGUUGUAUGAGAUAAUAUCUAAUCUUCGUAUUGGGGGUACUGGUGCUGCUGCAAGUUCAUCUUCUCCUCCGACCAGCUUUUCAACUGCUAAAUCUGUCGGAUUGAGCACUAAUGACAUGAUGUCUAAUGACGACAUAUGUGCGGCCGAUGGGUUUAUCCAGGAUAAAGUCAAUGGAUCCUUCGAAGAAUGCUGCUCACAUGCAAGCUCUAACAGGGAGAGUUGGGGAAGAUGUUCAUCUUUAGAGGACACCGAUUUCGUAGAGUACGUAGAUUCAUGUACCAGCCAUCAGAUUAGCCCUGAUAUGCCGAGUACCAGUACUACACCAAACCUAGGCAAAUCACCGGAAGACAAACGGAACGCGAAGAAGAAAAAGGUUCCUCCUGCUGCUCUAAAGAACUCCAAAAGUGAGAAGUCAGAAAAACUUGGGGCCUUGUCUCAACUAAUGCGUCUUUGCAUUCUGAAGAGAGUUGACCAUCAUAAACCUUGUUUAUGAGUGUUCACGCACACACGAGUUACAAUCAUAUUCCUUCAAAUUGGAGGAGUGUUUGUUUAUCCUGUAUUCUGCUUGUCAGGUUUUCCCUCUCACUCACUGUUGUAGUCUUAGAGAUUAGAGAACAGGCAAAGUCAACAAUUUCUUUCACUUCUGAUUAUGUAGAAGUUUAAAUCAAGGCAUUAUUUGUAUUUUGAA